CAUACACACACACACACACACACAAACACACACACACAAACACACACUAAAGUUUACUUUAAAGCAGCGUCGUGCUUCUCUGAUGAUGUCAUCAAGCAGAGUUCUAUCACCAUGGAGAUCCAGGGCGGCAUUAGAACAUCACGUUGCUACGGCGACAGCUUCUCAGGCUCCAAAACUAUUUUAGAUUCUAGAAUGUGAUGAUGGUGUAACGCGGGUGACAAAACCGCCUUAGCAACAAACUCUCUUGCCUCGCUCCUGCUCUCUGUUUGCGUCCCUUUGCGUGGAACGGGCACACUCCUACCCGGACCUGAAGGCAGCCCUCCUUACCAAGUUUGACGUCUCCCCAGAGACGUAUCGGCAGCAGUUCCGGUCCAUGGCAAACCCACCUGGAGAGAACCCAACAGAGACUUACCACCGUUUAAAGGGGCUCUACCGACGAUGGAUCCGGCCAGAGCAGCACACUAAGGAGCAAGUCGGGGAGCAGAUUAUCUUGGAGCAGCUGCUACGGGUCCUCCCGGCAGACAUUCGCACCUGGGUGAAGGAGCACGAGCCAACAGAGGGAUUAGCUGCGGCCAAGCUAGCGCUGCAGUACCUCAAUGCGCGGAGGGGAGGCCCAGCUGCCUACCCAGGGGGCCCUGGUCGGCAGCCUUCUCAACCCAGACCGGCAACCAGAGUCAACUCCCACCUGCCUGGAGAUCCCAGCCCUGCACCCAGCCAACGUGGUCCCGGUAAGGAGCUUGUUUGUUUCUACUGUCAGCAGUCAGGUCAUAAAGCUUCCCUGUGCCCGAUCAAAAAAGCUAAACUUUGUGGGGCAUGUUAUACCCCACGUGCUGAGGAUGUCAGUGCUGGAGAGAGGCGGCAGUGUUACAAGGAGGUUACUAUUAACGGUGAACCCGUGACAGCUCUGGUUGACUCUGGUAGCUUGUUAACCCUGGUCCGAAGGGACGUCGUGCCGACAAGCAUCGUAGAUUACAGCAGGCAGGAAACCAUUUUGUGUGUACAUGGUGACUGCCAGUCCUACCCUACUGCUGAUCUGACGGUGACUGUGGAUGAACGGUGGGGGUGGUGGAGAAGUUACCAGUAGCUGCCAUCCUGGGGGUGGGAUCUACCUGUGCUGAUCGAUGUGUUGCAGGAAGGGGGAGCUAAAGUCAGUGACUGUGGCAGGGGGUUUUCGGGUCCUGUGAUCACCUGUGCGCAGGCAAGGACAGGGUGUAACAUCCCUCACAGGGCAGGAGCAGGGGUCCAGUCUCGAACCUUUUUCUACCCUGGACAGUGAGUUGUUUGAAGGGGGCACAAAGGGGCCUAGGAAGUCACGCCGCCAGCGGCGCUUUGAAAAGGGACUAAAGUCGAGGGAGCCAGACUUUAAGGCAGGAUUGAUGUGGGAGGUGCCAGAGGACAUUGGGGCCUUACAAAGGCAGGAUGAGACUUUGAAGCCAGCAUUUGCCAGAGUAGUUGAGAGGCCCGAUAUAUGGCAAAAGGAAGCAGGGAGUGCUAUGUUAUUGACAAUGAUAUCUUGUAUGCAGUGGCUGACGGUGCCAGGCGCCUCGUGGUUCCCAUGUCGUGUCGACCACUGGUCAUGCACCUGGCACACACCGUGCCUUGGGCUGGUCAUCUGGGUCGACAAAAGACUUAUUUGCGCAUAGCUUCUCGCUUCUAUUGGCCCUCCAUGUAUGCGGAUGUACAAAAUUUCUGUAAAACCUGUCCCACCUGUCAGAAAACGUCCUAUGUCCGCCAAUCUGACCGUGCCCUUCUCCAACCUCUGCCCAUGAUCUCCACCCCAUUUCGCCGUAUAGCCAUGGAUAUUGUUGGCCCAUUAGUGCGGAGUAGUGGCGGACACCAGUACAUCCUGGUGCUGUGCGAUUAUGCCACCCGGUUUCCCGAGGCGUUCCCCCUGCGCACCGUCACUGCCCUGGCGGUGCUGUGUUGUCGUGUGCAGUUGUUUUCCAGGGUUGGUGUUCAUCUGGCGCUCUUUGGCCAGAUGCAGACGCGCCAGUCGGGAGAUGACGGGGCAACACAGGCGCUCCGUCACAUCAUUCCCCUCCUCCCCAAGGUUGGCGAUGUGCGGCAACUUGGACAGAUAGUCCGCCACCACAUUGGCCUUGCCAGCUCGAUGGCGGAUCUGGAAAUGGAACGGCUGGAGAGAGAGAUACCAGCGGCAGGUAAUACCUCAGACUCUCCAGCGCCCACUUGAUGGCCAGGCCCUCCUUCUCUACAGUGGAGUACCUGGUCUCACGUGGCAACAGCUUGCGACUCAGGUAUAGCACGGGACGUUCUUCUCCAGGUUCACCUUGGGCCAAGACUGCCCCCAGUCCCACUGCGGAGGCAUCAGUCUGGACCAAAAACUGCUGGCUGAAGUCGGGACUUCUCAGCAUUGGGGAGGAACACAAGCAGUUCUUAAGGGUCUGGAAGGCUGUCUCGCAGGCCUCGGUCCAGGAGACAGGAAUCUCUGGUACCAGCCAGCCAAGCCCUAGAAGGACCUCACCUCCUUCUUUGUGCGAGGGCGUGGGCAGCUGCGGAUGGCCUCGACCUUGUCCACCUGAGGCCGGACCUCACCUCCUCCCAGACGAUAGCCCAGGUACGUCGCCUCCUGCUUGGCCCACUGACACUUGGCAGGGUUUAGUGUCAGACCUGCCUGUUGGAUCUGGCCAAGGACUCGCUCCAGGUGAUGCAGGUGCUGUUACCAGGUGUCACUGAAGAUGACCACAUCGUCCAGGUAAGCAGCACUGCAGUCGCCACACCCCUGCAGGACACGGUCCAUUAGUCUCUGGAAGGUGGCAGGUGCUCCAUGGAGGCCAAAGGGCAUCACGGUGAACUGGAAGAGGCCGGCAGGUGUCCGGAAGGCCGUGUAUGGGCGACUGGACACCUCCAGAGGCACCUGCCAGUAGCCCUUGCAGAGGUCAAGGGUGGUGAUGAACCUGGCCUGACCAAUCUUCUCCAGCAGGUCGUCAAUCCGGGGCAUCGGGUAGGCAUCGAACUCGGACAUCGCGUUGAGCUUCCGGAAGUCGAUGCAGAUGCGGAGUGAGCCGUCCUUCUUCACCACGAUGACCACCGGACUGCACCAUUCCGAUUGUGAUGGCUCGAUCACCCCCAGGCGCUGCAUCUCCUCCACCUCCUUCAGGAGCUGUGCCACCAGAUGUUGUGGAACCCGGUAGGACCUCUGGCGGACCGGGCCCUUGUCCUUUAAACGGAUGACGUGCUCGACCAGGACCGUCUUCCCCGGGUUGGCAGCAAACAGCUUGGAGACUCUCUGGAAGACCUGGAUCAGCUGGCUGGCUGUGAUGGACUUCUCGAGGUCUGGACUCUGGACUUUACAUUUUUUGUUUUUAGAAUCAAAAUAAAUAUUUUUUCUUCUUCUUUGACGUUUUAUUAUUGGCCUGUGGAAAUUAAACUGGAAAUAAACUCAUUCUUCUUUG